UUCUGUUGUUGUUGUUGAUACGACGAUUUUUUGCUUUGCUCUCUUUUUUCCUCAUUCAAUGGUUUUUUAAUAUGAAAAACUUAUUGAUUAGCAAAUUGUGAUAUCAAUCAAUCAAUCAAUCCGUUUGUCCAUUGAUAAUUUUGAUUUUUUUUUCAUUUUCGGUUUCCACAUUGUAUCAUAUCAUUUAGCAACCAACAACAAAAUAAAAAACGAACGAUUUUGUAUUGUUUUUACUUCCAUAAUAACCUGUUGUUGUUGGUUGAUUAGCGGCUUAAAUUUUAUUUAUUUAUUUAAAGAAAAAAGAAGUUAACUUAUCACCCAAACACGAAAUGACAACAAAACAACGAAAAAUUGCUUUGAUGGGAUUUCGUUCUGUUGGUAAAUCAUCAUUAACAAUACAAUUUGUUGAAGGACAAUUUGUUGAUUCAUAUGAUCCAACCAUUGAAAACACAUUCUAUAAAAAGAUCAAAGUUAAAGGACAAGAAUAUUCAUUAAAAUUAGUCGAUACAGCUGGUCAAGAUGAAUAUUCAAUAUUUCCACAUGAAUAUGCUUUAGAUAUUCAUGGUUAUUGUUUGGUCUAUAGUAUCAAUAAUCUAAAAUCAUUUGAAGUUGUCAAAGUAAUCUAUGAUAAAUUAUUGGAAUUGACCGGAAAAAUUCAAGUUCCAAUAAUAUUGGUUGGUAAUAAAGUUGAUCUACAUUUGGAACGUUGUGUAUCGACACAGGAUGGUAAAGAUUUGGCCAAUUAUAUGCAUGCACAAUUUGUUGAAGUCAGUGCAAAAGAAAAUUCAGCUGUAAAUAACCUGUUUACAUCAUUGAUAAUGGCUAUUGAACAUGGAUUACCAACAUCAUCAUCAUCAUCAUUAUUAUCAUCAUCAUCAUCCGCAAACAAAACUGCAAAUGAUCAUCAAACGAUUGAUCAAACAAAUAAUAAACAUAAUAAAUGCAUCGUUUCAUAGCCACAUUGUAAUUUGAAACAAUCAAUCAAUUUUGCAUGUUCGUGAUUUUAAAAAAUUUUUAAGUUUUUAAUUUUUUUUUUCAGAAUAA